UAUCUUACUUAAAGCCUACAAACUCCUGCGCUUGGAUGUAAGUGGAGCUGCAAGCGCGCAGGCCGAGACGCUGCGGACCUGCGACUGAGCAUCCGAGGCUGUGAAUAAUAGCUCUUCAAGUCUGCAAUAAAAAAUGGCGUCCAAUAAAACUACAUUGCAAAAAAUGGGAAAGAAACAAAAUGGAAAAAGUAAAAAAGUUGAGGAAGCAGAGCCUGAAGAAUUUGUGGUAGAAAAAGUACUGGACCGACGUGUAGUGAAUGGGAAGGUGGAAUAUUUUGUGAAGUGGAAGGGAUUUACAGAUGCUGACAAUACAUGGGAACCCGAAGAAAAUUUAGAUUGUCCAGAAUUAAUUGAAGCAUUUCUUAAUUCUCAAAAAGCUGGUAAAGAAAAAGAUGGUACAAAACAAAAAUCUUUAUCCGACAGUGAAUCUGAUGAUAGCAAAUCAAAGAAAAAAAGAGAUGCUGCUGACAAACCUAGAGGCUUUGUUAGAGGUCUUGAUCCUGAACGAAUAAUUGGUGCCACAGACAGUAGUGGGGAAUUGAUGUUUCUCAUGAAAUGGAAAGAUUCAGAUGAGGCUGACUUGGUGCUGGCAAAAGCGGCAAAUAUGAAAUGUUCUCAAAUUGUAAUUGCUUUUUAUGAAGAGAGACUAACUUGGCAUUCUUGUCCAGAAGAUGAAGCUCAAUAACUUACAUCAUUUGUAUAUAUUUAUAUAUAUAUAUAUAUAUAUAUAUAUAUAUAUAUAUAUAUAUAAAAUAUGGGUAAUAAUGGGUCUUGGUUUUGAUUUACUGGUGUGAAAAAAACAGCAUUCUAAUGAAAAUCAAGUUGAAUAUGUUAAUUUUGAAAGUAGUAUUUGGGAGAGUUGUUGGGUUUUGUUUGUUUUGCAUCUAUAGCACUGGUUUCUUCGAACAAAUGAAAGCUUUUGUAGUUGCUUUCUUUGUCAGUAAAGAGCUAGCCUGAUACAUUUCCUCUGCUUUUCUAAAUGUUAGGGGAAUUGUCCAUAGUCAAACUAAAUCAGAACUCGUGUUAUAACUUACGUGCUUAUGGACCAUUCUUGAGUUUUUUGUUUGUGUGUGUAUAAAUAAAAUACUCGGUUUUUAUUUUGUUUUUAAGCAGUCACCAAAACAAAAACUUCUGGGUGAUAAGUUCAUGUUUGGGAUGCCCUCAUGCUGAGCAAUUUAAGAAAUCAUUAAAAAAUAUUAAAAAAAAAAAAGAAAUAAAUCACUUCCAGUUAAACAUUUUCCUGAAGCCAUAACCUUUCAAGUUAAAUAGGUGGUUUUGUGGUUAAUAGGACUGUUUAAAGUGGAUAUUUUCAAAACAGCAUUAUCAGAAUCUAGAUCUGUGUCUUUAGUCCAAAAAAUGCUGCAGUUUACUUGCAAAAUUUCUGAAAAGAAGAAUUGUUCUCUCUACUAACAACUUCCCAACCCAAAUAAGGUAAUAAGUCAAAACCUAGUUUGUUUGAAUUAGCUAAGGAAGACUUGUUAAGGGAACAUUAAAGAUUCCUCAUGACCCAUUGCUUUGCAACAAAAAUAUGUACUCAAAAGUCAGGAUUUGUGGAUGUCUAAAGACUUGGCCUAUGGUAACCUACUGAGUGGUAAGUGUUCACUUAGUUUAGGACCUGCUAGAAUCACUGAGUGAACAAACUUGUAAUCUAAAAUUACUGACCUGCAUGUUUUUCUUGACCCCAACUUGCUCGUUACAUGUAGGCUCAAUCUUUUCAGUAUUUGGGUUACUGUUUUCAGCAGAAGCCAGGAAAACAACUUUGUAGUAGUCAGAAUGUUAUCCUACUGUAUAUUGUUUACUUAUUGUAAAUAAUGGUGAGCAGUGGUCAAUAAAUAGUUUUAUAUUCAAAAAAAUAAACUGUUCAUUGAUGUGUACUCAUAGAAGUCUUGUGUGUGUGUGUGUGUGUGUGUGUGUGUGUGUGUGUGUGUACGUGUGUGUAUGUAUUUGGGUGUAUGUAUAAAUAAAUUACUCCAGUCUUUGAUUCUUACUUUAAGAGAUUGCUGUAAAUAUAAAUUACUCUUUCUUUUUAAAAAUCAAAUUGUAGGGGCUGGGGAUUUAGCUCAGUGGCAUAAGCGCCUGCCUUGCAAGCAGGCAGUCGUGAGUUCGAUCCCUGGCACUGAUAAAAAGGAAAAAGACAAAAAAAAAAAAAAUCAAAUUGUAUAGAAAGUCUUUUGUAGGUAUCUAGUUUCAUUGCUUAAUUUCAUUCACAAAAUGUCCCUAUUUUUCAUUCUUCAGAUGUGAAUGCUUUAAGGUGUGCAGAUUUUUUAAUUUAAAAAAAUCCCAAAAUCAGUGUAUAUUUCUUAUAUUAGGUUUCCUUGUUUUAUCACAAACCUAAAAUAAUGUAAGUAAAGCACUGUAUUUGUUGAUCAAACCAAACUGAUGUUUAACAGUAGUGUUUAUUAUGACUAUUGUGUGAGUGAUUGUGUCUUUUAUGUAAUUAUUUUACAACAGUAUUUGCUUACAUGAGGCUUUUGCUUUUAGACAGUAUAUUUGAAACUGAACUGCUGAUUUAGUUUUGUUCUUUUUACCAGUAAAACUGUUGAGUAUUCAGAUACCAAGGUUGCUGACUUAAUAAUACCUUCAUUGUUUUCCACAUUUGUCCACAAGUAAGGAAUAUCUGAGGUCUGUUUUCAUUCCGAAGAAAAGCCCUGGAGACUGUGUACAUUGAAUAUCAGAAAAUGUCUACACAAUGAAUUGAGUAAUGAGCUACUGUUGUUUAUAUUUCUGUAGUAUAAUUGGUUGGGUUCAGACAAUAACGUAACAUCUGUUGUUAGACUGUCAGGAAAAUGUCAAAAUAGAAAACAAGCAGGCAGGUGAAUUAAAAAGGGAGCAGGAGGGAAAAAGGAAAUACUGAAUUUCAAGUUCUUAUUUAAAGUACAUAUAGAGGAACAUUCAUAACGAUAAUUAUAUAGACAACCAACACUCUCCUUUGUUGUUCACUGUGUUACAUAUAGUGAAGAUCAGGGUUAAGCACUGGUCAUUAAUUGCAUCUUUACCACAUAUCAGUACUUACUAAGUGUUUUUAAAAUAUUACUGUAUUUUAUUGAAGGAUUUUGUAAAGAAGAUGUUACUAUUAAUCCUAUUUUUAUAUGAGAAAACUGGAAGUAGUAAGGACUGUGAUUUACUUAAAGACCAGUAUUUGAUCCUAUAUGUGUUUAACUUCAGAGUCUGUCUUGCUAGUCAUAACAUUACAGUUUAAUUAACAUUUUUCAAACUUCAUUGUUAGAAGUCAUAAUAGCAAUAGACUUUGGGGAGAGGUAGCUCCCAGAAGAGGCAUGUGCUUCUGAGCUAUUUAAUCAGGUUGCUAGUUUUACAGGUAUGUUGACUUUCUGAAACUUUAAUCAUGUUGCAUGCUUAAAAUUUGAGCACUUUGGGGCUGGAGAUUUAGCUCAGCGGAAUAAGCACCUGCCUUGCAAGUGUGCGGUCGUGAGUUUGAUCCCUGGUCCCGAUAAAACAGAAAAAGAAAAAAAAAAAAAAAAAAACAAAGAUUUGAGCACUUUUUAUUAGGUAUUUUAAAUUGUAAAAAUUUUAAAAUGCAUACCUUUAAACAAAAAAUAAGGUAAAGCUUACUAUAAUACUGAUUCAAAUUUUUGCAAAAUGUCCAAAACCUGUAUGUGCUACAGAUAUUUAAUUUUCAUAUCUACGCAUUUCUUCCAUUCAGUUAUUAAUAUGGUACAUUGUUACUAAAGUAGUUUACUAUUUAAAAAUGCUCAGCUGAAAUUCAUUGUGAAUUAGAAUACUAAAUUAGAUAAACUCACAUUCAUAGGUCAUAUGGAUGAAGAAAAAGUAAAAGUGACUUUUAACUUUCAAUUUGUCUGAUCUUUGAACUCUGUUUCUGGGUAUCUAUUCUCUAUACAAACAAAUGAGAGUAUAGAAUUGUUCAGCUAGUGCAAGGCAUUCCAGAUCUGAUAGUCUGUGUACAAUUUCUCUUAAUUAUAAUUAAAGCAACUACUUUACUAAAGUCUUAUUAUGUGUCAGAAACUACACUGAUAACUUCCAUAAUAUAUCAAUUUUAAAAUUCCUAUCUCUCUAGUUCCCUGUAAGGUCAGUGAUGUUACUUAGUGCUUCCAAAAGGAAAAUGACCUAAGAACUGCAUACUGUAGAAAUUUUGAAUGCUUUUUAAAAAUAAGUCAGUGUUAGAACCAUCAGAUUAUCCUGAAUGAUAUAGAAAUUAAUUUCAUUUCCUAUUAUAGUCUUGCUAGCAAACUUUGUAUUCCCAGUUAUUUUAAAUUUAAAAAGUAUGUGCAGAACUUUUAUGGUUGCCUCUUCUACCUGUUUCCCUACUUCUUUAGGUUCACGUUUUUAUUUUGGUUUUUGUAUUUGUCUAUGAUAAUUGAUUUUCUCCAAAGAACCAACUUAUAUACUGAUUAGCCAGUAUGUUUUCUCUUUUCUAACUCAUUCCUUCAUGCUUUUAUAAUUGCUUUAUUGGAGGUUUUUCCUAGCUUUUAAAGUCUGAUUCUUAAUUCAUCUUUAAUUGUUUGUUUUUAUUUUUAUUUUUGCAACAGCAUCAUACUAUGUUGUCUAGUGUCUUGUUGAACUCCUGGGCUCAGAUAAUUCUCCCAUCUUUCAACCUCCUAAGUAGCUGAGAUGAUAAAUUUUCUUUCAUUUUUAAUAAAAAUUUUACAGCAGUGAAUUUUCUCUGAGCACUAUUUUGGAUGAAUACUAUAGACUCUAACAUGUAGUGUUUGAACAGCUGUUUCUCAGGUAUUCUGCAAUUUUGAUUUAUAUUUCCUUUUUGGCCCAGGAGAUUUGGGAGGGAGGGGUAUCAGGGAUUGAACUCAUGACCUUGCGCUUGCCACACAGGUGCUUACGCCACUGAGCUAAAUCCCUAGCCCAACCCAAGAGAUAUUUAAGAGAAAGGUUUUUUAAAUUUCCACAUGCCCCCAGUAGAAAAAGCAGCAUCCACUUUGAAAAUUUGCUGUGGAGGUCUAAAGAACUUAAAUCUUAAUUUCUCUCAUAAUAUUACUUUAUUAUAAUAAUGACAAAUUGAUGGGGGAUCAUGUCUGUUUUUCUAUUAAUGAUAAACUGAGAACAUAGAAAUGUGAAAGUCAAAAUUACAAUGUAACUGCGAAGCAGAAAAAUGCUAAUACCGGGCUUACUAAGAAACUUCUUAAAUUGCUACAGAUAAAAAUGUUUUUCUGGAUUUCUGCACUAAAUUCCAACAUGAACAAGUACCUCAGAGAGCCUCUAACCAAGGGAAUGUCAUAAGGUUGAAGCAAUGUAAUCUGUUGACCAGAACUAGGAAAACCUCGGGUGUUCAAACUCAACUCUAGCCAUAGAUUUCUCCUAAUUGUCAUACCUAUUUGAGUUUGUUUUCCUGUCUGCAAAAUGAAGGGCCUAGUCCAUGUCUUGGUCCGGAAAUCUGUCAUUCUGAGAGUUGGCCAAAUCCAAACAGCAAGGUAAUGACAACAUUGGAAAUAAAACUGUAGUCUCCUGACUCUAGUAAACCUGAUUUGAGAGUUUUUUCCAUUCUAUUUUUUGAAAAUUUUAUUGCAACACAAUGUAUAUGACAGAAACUUGCCAUUUUAAGUGUGUUAUCAAUUAUUCCAAAUUUUCCAUUCCAUUUUGUCUUUAACAAGUUGUCCAAUAUUUUAUAGACUCUUCAGUUUAUUCUAAUUCGUAAAUGUAUUAUUUUGAAUGUAAAGUGUGUGUAUAUUUUGUGAAUGCUUCUAAUAGCCGUAUUUCAUAUCUUAGAAAAAAAAGCAGUUGGGUAGUUGAUGCAUAUUUCUGCAAUCUAAAGAAUCUGAGCCUUUGGUUUAAAAAUAAGUAUUUAUUUGUAAUGUAAUUACUGAUUUAAUAAUAUGUAUCCCCAAGGUGGGAUUCAUUGUAAUUGUUUCAUGAAAAAAAUGAAAAACACAUGAUUCUAUUAUUCAAGCAUGAGGCUUCUUACUAAGUGGCACAAAGACUUUCAGUGUAUUUCUAGAAAGCAUCUUGUUUCGAGUGUUCCUCCCUGCCACUUCCCACAAUUGUAACAGCUGGCUUUUGUUCUACUUAGGCCAUCCGACUCUCCUUAGAGCAAGCCCUGCCUCCAGAGCCAGAGGAAGAAAA